AUACAAUAUAUGAUAUGAGAAUGAAAACACUACCAGUCCAUAAAAUUACACACUUUUUGUUAUCAGAAAGGUUGGGCUUCCAAUCAAGCAACUAGAUUGGAACAGAAGCCUAUGGCCACCACAUUCCUCAAGGGUGGAACUUGAUUACCCCUGCAUUAUCAUAUUUAAUGAGUUGGUUAUUAUUUAAUAUUUUGGAAGAUAAUGUUAUUGCCUACUUAAUAACUACUUACAUAUACAAUUCAGAAAUAUUUAAAAAUUACUAAAUCUUAUCACAUCAAGACAAACUGUAUUUAUUGGCAUAUUCACCAUAAAACAAAGUGUUUCCCCCCAAGGUGCUGUCACAAAGUAUGAAGAUAAACAACUGAACUUCAGACAAACAAAUCUCAUGCUUCUCAAUAGCAGGCUAACUAAUGCAAAUAAAUGUUCACCACAGAAUAUAUACAACAAAGCAGAUUAAUUAAUUACAGACAUUAUUCUAAGAUUUUUUUUCAUAGUGAGAACUGAAAGCUUUCUUUCUGUUAUGGUUGCUCAAUUUGGAUUACCAUUUAGGGAGGCAUAAUCUUUCCCAACAACAUUAGGUGUAAGAAUGCCAAGGCUAGAUAGGUUGGCAGUACUCUUCAAUUCAGUUAAACUCUGUGAGUUGACAAAAACAACUAAAUGACUGAUAAUUAAAUGUUGAGUUAUUUAUGCUUACCUUUAACUAGGAUAUAAAGGGGUUACCAUUUUCUCUCAAGUAAAAAAGAGAACAUCUUAGGGACAACUUGUCUUUCCUUUCAUAUAUAUAUAUAUAUAUACAUACUAUAUAUGUACACACACGCGCACACACACAGGUUGGCUGAUGGGAUCAAUGGUUCCUUACUCAGUUGGGAUGCCUUUAUAAUGGAGGGACAUGAAUUCCAGCCAGUUUAGUUGCUGGUGCCUUUCCUAACCAGAAGGUCAUAAUAGUGGCAGAGGAGACUGCCUCUCGGGGCCAUGUAUCAACCCCCACUUUACUCUGGGGGGUAGCAGUCCAUGGUGGAGUUCCCAUUUAUACACCUGAUGAACUGAAUUUCCUAUUAUCAACUGAAAAAGCAGGUCUUUUCUACAAGGCCAAACUUUAUGAAUAGUGUACUGUUUAAUCAUAAACUGUAAUAGUUAGCCUUGUCUCAUUUGGUUUCCUUUGAAUGUCCAGAGAUUUCACCUGUAUUCCACCACUUUCACUAUCAAAAUACCCAAUAAUUAGAUGGUGCAAGAUGAUUGCGUGCAUCAGUGGCCAAACCUUAGAAAGAAAUGACUACUAUUCUGUCAUUAUUAGUUUUCAGUUUUAGUUGUAUGAGGAGUAACCACUGACCCCACUAUUGCCUGAUUUUUUUAUGCGUGCACUUUAAAGUAUUCUCCAUUAGAAAACGUGUACAGUCUAUUGAUUUACAACUGCAGUGAUGUUUUACACAAUAAAUGCAUCAGCUGCACGAAUGAUCUCCUCUUUGGAUCUAGGAUGCACGAUGAGGUUUCACUUUGAACGUCCUUUUUAUGUUUUGUUGUUUCCAUGUGUGCUUCAAGAUCUAGAGUCCCUUUGUUUGCAACUGAAUGUACCUACAAUAGAAACAGUACCGUCUCGAAUCUGUUUGCAGCCAUUUCGAAAUCAGCUACAUUCAUUGUGGCGUUUGCCCGUAAUUUCACUUUCAUUUCAAUUUCAUUUCUACAGAACCAAUCUCGCUAGCACUAGCACUACAAAAUAUGUUAAUAGUACCUAAAUGAUCUGCAGAUCACGCCACGCUUACGCUGGCUGCUGUUUGGUUUGCAUUCGCUUGACAGAAUCAAAUUCUAGCAGGAUUGCGCACCAGCAGGAUACCGAAGACUGCAGCUGGCACGACCUCUUGAAACCUUCUCCAUUUCUGGGCCAGAAUGCUGAAUCUGUACACACCAGGAAACAUUUGAUGGGGAGCCAGGUGUCGCAGGCUGAUCCCGAGCCCACGCAGCUAGAUACGCGCAUAAUCCAUAGGGUUUCUAGUGUCCGGGUGAGCCGCAGCACUCAGAGCUGUGCAGUUUGGCAGGUGUCCGAAUCCAGUCAGCCAGUUCCACCAACCGAUGUGACCAAAAACGACAGCUACAGCAGAUCUAACUGGUUACAGGUCCACAUUGGAAAAAGAGUCCAUGCAAUGUGGGUGGAAUUUGACAGAAGGCUUGUCUCUAUUUAUAAAAAACGCACUGACAAGUUUUCAGAAAUUGUCUUUCCUGCAUCCAGCAUUAACCAUGUUGCUCCAUCUAACAUCACAAAGUUUUCAGUUAAUAUUGGCACAAAAUGUUUUGAAUUUUCAGCACCUACACGAGCAAUCUGUGAUGGGUGGGUAACCUCGUUAAGUAAUCCUCUUCCAGAGGAGCCUUCAGAUCCAGCUGUAUUAGAAGGAAUUCUUGUUCUAAAGGAGCUCCGAAGCAAGUUGUAUGUAGCAUUGAAAAGAGACAAAUUGUGGCUUUACCAGGACAGAGAGCAUUUCAGGGAAGGUAUUGGGAUUACAGUUAUCAACCUUAUCGUGGCCCAAGUAAAAAAGACAGGCAAGCAUGGAUUUGACAUCACCACGCCAUAUAAAACAUUCAACUUCACGACAAGCUCCAUACAUGAGUUGUCCACUUGGGUUUCAACACUCUCUCAGGCCAUCAAAGAUUCAAUAUCAUUUGAUGAGGUGGCCAAGCGUAUUUGGGAGAACCCGUCUAACAAACUCUGUGCUGACUGCCAGAGUCCAGACCCUGAGUGGGCUUCAGUUAACUUGAUUGUCGUCAUCUGCAAUAAGUGUUCAGGUAUACAUCGUUCUCUGGGAGUCAGAUUAUCCAAAGUGCGCAGUAUAAUGUUUGACAGGAAGGUGUGGACAGAGCCAUUGAUUAUGCUCUUUAUGCUUUAUGGAAACAAACUAGCCAAUGAGAUCUGGGGUCAUCACAUACCAACCAAUGAACAGAUCUUUCCUGAUGCAUCGCCUGAACAGCGUAAAGCCUUCAUUUGGGCUAAAUACCACCAAGGUCGUUACUGUAAACUACACACUCUUUUCCCAAACUCGGAGCUGCUUUAUAAGAGGCUUUGCACGGUGGCAUGCAGCUCUGAUAUCAUGGAAACCAUGAGUCUUCUGUGCUCUGGGGCACAGCUGAGUUAUACCUUGCAAGAUGGCCUGUCACCUACUGCCUUAGCAAAGAGAGCAGGACAAAUGCUACAGGCUGAGCUAAUGCAGCUGAAUGAGAAUAUAGAUUUCCCCCAUCUUAAGGACCUUGCUUCCAAGAAUGAUAAUAACAGAAAAAAUUCUUCAUCAUCAGAUAAAGAGUUUAUUGGUAACUUAGAAACAGACAAGCUUAUAUAUGAAAAAGAGGAGUCUGGACCGAUUGACUGUCUAGAGCUAAAGAAUGUCAUCUCACUAUUUGACACCUCUGAUGGGCAGGUCUGUGAGUAUAUCAUGAUCACCCAGAAGGAGAAGUUGCAAUGUACAGCUGACAAUCAAGAGAUUUUGAGAGAACAUUUAGGACAUAUUGCUAAGGUGCUGUUACCUUUUGAAGUACAGGAUUCUGAGCUAGAGGGGAUGGUGGCAGUUUCUAAAGUAUAUGUUAAGGAUGGAGAGCAGCAGGGAAGGAAAGAGGCCUGGGCAGCUUUGCGAGGGACUGAUUUGCUGCUUAGGUACACCAGUGACAAGCCUAGGACAAACAAAGUUAAGCAAAGCCCUGUACUGAUACCAUUACAGCAUUCAGAUUUUGAUUCGUUAGAGAAUACCAUCCAAAUUGUUACUUCAAACAGGACCCUGUCGCUGAUGUUCCCAAACCUCUUAUCUUGUCAGAUGUGGAGAAACCAAAUGGAAAGAGUUCUUUUUACAGGCACUCCUGGGGAGAGUCCUCUUGGCUCAUUAUACCCUUCUGAGGAAUUAGUGUGUGAGAGUUUACCUCCUGCCAUUGAAAGGUGCAUCUCACAUAUCACAAAAUAUGGUUUGACCAUAGAAGGGAUUUAUCGACGCUGUGGUCAAGCAAUAAAAGUUGGCCAGCUUGUGGAAUGUCUCAACAAAGCACCAGCAAACGUGCAGUUUGAUGAAGAGGAACAAGGAGUCCUGGAUGUAGCAGCAGCCAUGAAGCAAUGUCUCAGGCUUCAAGAGCCACUGUUUGCAGAAUCGUCAUUUAUGCUAUGGCAAAGGGCUUCAAGUCUUCAAGAUGAGGCGGAGAGAAUAAAGGCAUAUAAGCGAACACUACAGCAACUUCCAGCUAAGCAGAAGUCAGCUCUGCAUGACUUUUUUGGGCAUCUCUUUCAGGUCCAUCUGUACAGCAGUACAAACCUCAUGACUGCUCAAAACUUGGCUCUGGUUCUGACACCUACAGUGUUCUUCAACAAGGCCAUCAGCAGUGAACUGGUCUGUCUCAUCAGAGAACUUAUUACACAUUACACGUCUGUCUUCAAGGAACUUGGUGAAGAAGGUGAAACAUCAAGGUUCUGACAUUAUAUUAACUGAAAGACAAUCAUAAAAGUGAGAGAAAAGAAAAGGGCCAAACACAUCCUGGAACUGAUAAAAGUUUCCUCAUCUUUUCUGUAUGGUUUUUGACCCCCAUGUUCCUUGUACAAUAAUCUGUAUUAUUAUUUUCUGAACAAAUGUUAUACAUUGACAUGUGGGUUAGGUCAAUUGGCAUUGUUAAGUUGGCCUGUGGGUGUUCACCCUGCAAUCCCUGUCCAAGUAUUGCUUCUGCCUUAUACCUGAUGCCUGCUAGGAUAGACUGCAGCUUCCCUCCUGGAUAAGAAAAUGGAUGGAUGGCUAUACAGUAUAUGUACUAUGUCAGCAGAGGGUACCUUUUUGGGAUUUCUCAGCAAAUGUUCUGGAGUAAUAUAACCUGUUUGCACACAGGUGGACAAUCUCUCCCCUUCUUACAGGGUAUCUAUCUUGCCUGGAAAAACUUUGAAUAUACCGGUAUAUAAUUUUUACAAUCAGGAUGUUUUUUGUGUUAUAUCAUUUUCAUGAACUUCCUACCUGGAAAUAAACAGUCACUUUACUAGAAUUUAAUAAAUGGAAUGAUUUAUGGGUAAAGUUCAACUAAUGGAAUAAUAUCACCUAUUAAGUCAUCAAUGGGCUCUAUUUUAAUAAAAAUGUUAAAAUGCCAUUUUCAUUACCUUAGCUGCAUGAAACAUUGCAUAUAAUGAAGA